AUGGAUCUGCAUCGCAGGAAUGCUACAGAAGCUGACGCCGCCGGUGCAAAUCCGUUCAAGCUCUACCACUAUGACCCAACUAUUGCCGGCGCCGUCAUUUUUGUGCUUCUGUUUCUUGCUACAACCAUCCUUCAUUUCUGGCAGUUGGUGAAGUCCAAGUGUUGGUUUCUUCUUCCAUUGGCAAUUGGAGGUAUAUUGGAAGUAAUUGGCUACGCAGCUCGCGCCAAGUCAGGCGGCGAGAGCCCUGACUGGACUUUGGGUCCUUACAUUAUACAGGCAAUUUUGCUGCUUGUGGCACCAGCCCUUUACGCAGCUACUAUCUACAUGGAGCUUGGUAGGAUCAUCACUGUAAUCGACGGCGAGGGGCACGUCAUCAUUCGGAAAGAAUGGAUGACAAAGCUGUUCGUCACGGGGGACGUCUUGUCAUUCUUUCUUCAAGGCGGAGGUGGUGGCUAUCAGGCAGCCGGCAGCCUUGAGGCCCUAAACACCGGCGCCAAAAUCAUCAUCGUCGGCCUUUUCGUCCAGCUUAUCUGUUUUGGAUUCUUUGUCGUCACGGCUGUUUCAUUUCACCGCUCCAUCAACAAAGCUCCAACAGGUCGAUCAAACAGUAGCAUUCCCUGGCGAAGACACAUGAAUGCUUUAUACCUUGGAAGCUUUCUAAUCAUGGUUCGUUCAUUGUUUCGAGCAGUUGAGUACCUACAGGGCUUUGAUGGUUACCUACUGCGUCAUGAGGCGUAUCUUUAUAUCUUUGAUGCUGUUUUCAUGCUUCUCACUAUGAUCUUGUUUAACUACAUUCAUCCUGCUGAGAUAGCUGCAAUUCUGGCUGGUGGAGGUGGCAACGAAGGAUGGAAAAUGGGAGCCUUACCUCACCAUCACCUCCAACGCUUGUAA